GCCUCCUUCACGCUAUAAAAGCUGAUGUGAACGGCUCCAGUAAGCACAGUCAUCGAAUGGGCGUUGGCAAGUGAAGGCUAGGAAGAUGACAUCUCAAGCAACUGCUCUCUUCGUGGUGGUGGUGGCGUUGGCAACUUCAGCGUCAGGCGAACCGAGGUACAAUCAACCUCCGCCAUGUUAUCCCAAGACUGAAUACGUCACUGAAGUUCAGACUGAGUAUCAAGAGGUGCCUGUAUACACCACGCAGUACCAGACGCAAGUGGUACCAACCACUCUGUACCAAACGCAGUUCCAAACCAAGUACCAGACGCAGUUCCAGACCCAAUACGUCCCCAAAUACGUCACUCAGACGCAGUACACGACGCAGGUCAAGUACACCACACAGUACCAAACGCAGUACCAGACGCAAUACCAAACACAGUACGUCACGCAAACCCAGUAUCAGACGCAGUACGUCACCCAGACGCAGUAUCAGACGCAGUAUGUCACACAGACGCAGUACCAGACGCAGUACACGACGGAGUUCAGGCCUCAGUACGUCACCACGACGCAGGUGCAGUACCAGACCCAAUACAAGACGGAAGUGCAGCCCAAUUACAUCACCGUCACGGAGACGAAGCAGUCCUACAAGACCGUGUGUCCCAAGCCGUCUUACGGAGGAUACGGGAAAUACUAAGCUGAAUGGAGACGAGUUGAUGUUUUGUGAGAUAUUUCUCUAGCCGUGGCCAUGUUUGUAAUAAAAUUCACUGGAAUUUU